AUGGCCGUGCUGCAGUCUCACUCCCGGUUUCUGCCUUCCAGCAACUCGCCCAAUCUCAUCCACUUCAGGAAUCCUCACUGUUUCUCCUUUUCCAGUAAGCUCGUUCUCUCGCACAAAUUUAGCAGCACUGAGCUGCGCUCCAGAUCCAGUCGCUUCUACCGAGCAAGCACUACUGUUAGCAAUGGCAGUGCUGAGAUUGCGAAGCCAGCUCCCAGGGACACUCUGAACGAGAGGCCGCCGUUUGACAUCAAUUUGGCUGUCCUUUUGGCUGGUUUUGCAUUUGAAGCUUACACCACUCCGCCGCCUGUAUUUCUCUUCUCCCUCAAUUUCACGAUUUGUUCUUAUGAAAAAGUCAACAAGCGUGAAAUGGAUGCAGCACAAUGCCAGACAGUCUUCCUCUCUGAACCAUUCCUACGAGAAAUUUAUGAUGGACAAUUAUUUGUGAAGCUAAACAAAGGCUUCAAUUUCCCCGCCAUGGAUCCUUGGGGGACUAGUGACCCAUAUGUAAUCUUGCAAUUGGAUAGUCAGCUAAUAAAAAGCAAGGUCAGAUGGGGGACGAAAGAACCCACAUGGAACGAGGAGUUUGCUUUCAAUGUGAAGCAGCCGCCAAUGCAUAAUCUUCAGGUUGCAGCAUGGGAUGCAAAUCUAGUGACUCCUCACAAACGCAUGGGGAAUGCAUGUAUUGAUUUGGAGAGCCUCUGUGAUGGAAAUUCACAUGAAGUGCUUCUUGACUUGGAAGGGAUGGGAGGCGGUGGGAAGAUAGAACUUGAGAUCAAGUACAAGAGUUUCGAAAAAAUCAACGAUGAAAAGAACUGGUGGAAGAUUCCUCUUGUAACUGAAUUUCUUCAGAAAAAUGGUUUGGAACCUGCACUCAGAAUGAUUUUGGGUUCAGAAACUGUUCAAGCACGUGAGUUUGUACAGUUUGCUUUUGGACAGAUAAAGUCUAUAAAUGAUUCGUAUAUUCGGAAUGACUGGUUUUCAAAUACCAAAACUACCGGUGCUCCUAAUCUCAAGGCAGACAUGAAAGAGAAGUAUAAAGAGGACUCAGCAAAUGAGUCAACCCAGAACUAUGACGAAAGUAUAGGGGAAACUGAAUCAGAUAAUAGUGUAACUGAUAAUAUGCAGAAAUCCUUGGACGACAGCGAAGCUGGAGAAGAUUCAUGGUCUGACAAGCACUUUUGGAAGACGUUAGCUGACUCAAUCAAUCAAAAUGUUGUUCAGAAACUUGGUCUUCCUGCCCCUGAGAAAAUUAAAUGGGAUGGUUUUGACUUAUUAAAGACUAUAGGCCUGCAGUCACGUGAAAUUGCAGAUGCAAGUUAUGUUGAGUCGGGGCUUGCAACUCCAAAUAAUCAAGGUUCAGAUGAUGGUGAUAUAAAGGAUGGGUUAGUGCCACCAAACAAGGAGCGAACAUUUCUACCCGACAUUAAGAAAGUGACGCAAGAUAUAUUACAGCAAACUGACUCCAUUCUGGGUGCACUGAUGGUUGUAAAUGCUGCUGUGUCUAAACUAAACAAAGGAGCAGGUCUAAUUGGAAAGAGUGAAGAUACUUCCACUGAAGCGAAAACAGAGGUUUCUGGAGUCAACAAAAGUCAAACAUCAAUUAGUCAUCCGAAUGGAUUAGUAUUGAGUGAGAAGGAAGCAGAGGAGAUGAGAGCACUUUUUUCAACAGCAGAAAGUGCAAUGGAGGCCUGGGCCAUGUUAGCAAAUGCAUUGGGUCAUCCAACAUUCAUUAAAUCCGAGUUUGAAAAAACAUGCUUUUUGGAUAAUUCAAAAACCGACACUCAGGUGGCAAUUUGGCGUGACCUGGAAAGGAAAAGACUUGUCAUUGCUUUCAGGGGAACAGAACAGUCUAAGUGGAAGGAUCUGCUCACAGAUUUGAUGCUUGUUCCUGCAGGACUGAACCCUGAAAGAAUAGGCGGUGAUUUUAAGAAUGAAGUUCAGGUUCAUAGUGGUUUUCUGAGUGCCUAUGAUUCUGUUAGGACAAGGCUUAUGUCUCUCAUUAAACAAGCUGUUGGUUACAGAGAUGAAUCUAUGGAGUUGCUCCCGAAAUGGCAUAUUUAUGUGACUGGACAUAGUUUGGGUGGUGCGUUGGCUACCCUUCUGGCUCUUGAAUUGUCAUCAAGUCAAUUAGCAAAGCUCGGAGCUAUUUCAGUGACCAUGUACAAUUUUGGAUCUCCUAGAGUUGGAAACAGAAAAUUUGCAGAGGUUUACAAUGAGAAAGUGAAAGAUAGUUGGAGAGUUGUGAACCACAGGGACAUAAUACCAACAGUGCCACGUUUGAUGGGCUACUGUCACGUAGCUCAACCAGUUUAUUUGGCUGCUGGAGAUCUGAAAAAUACGGCCGAGGAUGUGGAUGCUUUGGAGGGUGGAUAUCAAGGUGAUGUUAUUGGAGAAGCAACACCCGAUCUUCUUGUCAGCGAAUUUAUGAAAGGUGAGAAAGAACUCGUUGAGAAUAUAUUAAAUACAGAAAUCAACAUUUUCCGGUCGAUCAGAGAUGGAAGUGCUCUGAUGCAGCAUAUGGAGGAUUUCUACUACAUUACACUGCUGGAGAAUGUGAGAUCGAGCUAUCAGGCUGUUGGAGGGUCUCAACCGGCAGAUCAGAAGUUGUCUAUAUGA